CGAACGGUUCCGCCAUGCUUGAAAUUUGAAAGGCGAUGCAAUUGUCAACUUGUUACCUGACUCAAAGUUUGCUCGAGGCUUAUAAGACUUGCAUAUGUACCGCACCUUCUCUGCUCUGCGCUCCCACUCAGGAUGAAUGUGAUAACUCUCUCUGCAACUGACUUUCCCAUCAAGUCCGUGAAGAUCUUCAGUUCUGAUUUACUAGCUGAGGUCACUCGCGUUUUUCCCCUCGACUUUACCCAGUCUCUAGCUCAGGACGGGUCGCAGGUCGGGUCGCAGGUCAUCGAGAUUUCAAACCUUCCCAACCUGCAUAUCAGUGGAAUUCGGGCAUGUGUGACCACUGGUUCAGAUGAUCUGCUAGUCAUGGAUUACUACUGCCACAGCCGGCCCAAUGUUGAUCCUGUCAGUAGUGAUGUCCUUCGUGAUCUGAAGGCCGAGUGCACACGCUUGGAGGACGAGCGUCGACUAAGGCAACAAAGCUUCGCCUUCCUGUCGACGUACAUGAACUCCCUUGCCAAAGGAGAUGCUCCAUCUGUGGCGGAACCUGCACAACUCGUUACGUUCUUCGAUGAGUUCGUAGAAAUCGGCAAGAGUCGAUCUGAGGUCAUUGCGGUACUUGACCAACAGAUCAAGGACGUCACGAAGGAGUUAGACAAAGAAAUACACCGACUUUACCUCGAGUCCCUCUCCUUGGUGACGAAAGCCACUGUUGUUAUUGCACCAGUUUCUGGCCGCACGGCUACAAUCGCUGAGCUGGAACUGAAGUACAGGGUUAGCGCUACAUGGAAACCAGAAUACGAGAUGCAUGUCACGACUAUUGACGGUGUCCCUUCUCCAUCAGUUUCUCUCACUUAUCGAUGCCUCAUUUUUCAGUCUACCGGGGAGAAUUGGGAUAAUGUGGAGCUUGCGGUGACGACAGCCAAGUCCCGUGCUCCUUCAGGAGGACUACCUGAGCCAAAGAGGACAGAGAUCAGGCAACAAGGGCCCCUGGUGCAGCCUGACUCGUACCAUGAAUCGGCAGUUAAGCCCCAAAUUACGCCAUUGUGGAAAACACCAGGACAUGGUUCAUUAUUCGGAAGUGCUAUGCCCUCAACACAGCAAGCAAGCCAAGGCCUAUUUGGAAGCGCUUUUGGUGCUUCUCACCAAGCAGACUCCAGCCAAGCCUCAUUCGGGGCCGCACAGGGACCUGCAGCAGGCAACGUGUUCGGAGCUUCACAAGCACAACCCACCGCCACAACUCCAGGUCUCUUUGGAUCUACUUCAGCGCAGCCAAUUGCAAGUUCAACGUUAGCGUUCGGAGCUUCUCAAUUUCCAGCACAACCCACCGCCACAACUUCAGGUCUCUUUGGAUCUACAUCAACGCAGCCAAUUGCAGGUUCAACGUUGGCGUUCGGAGCUUCUCAAUUUCCAGCACAACCCACCGCCACAACUUCAGGUCUCUUUGGAUCUAAACCUCCCCCAUAUUCAUCCCCACAGAACUCAAAUGUGUCGAACGUUACCCACACAGCGACUGCAAAAGUGUCCAUUCCAAGUCGUGCAGCAGGGGGAUGCCAUCACGUUCUCAUAGCAACCAUCCCACUGAAAGCGAUAUUUACAAGAAUCGCAGUACCAAGCAUUGAUACCCGCGUCUUUUUUACUUGCGAUAUUCUAAAUUCCAGCAACUAUGUUCUGACUCCUGGCACCGUUCACACUCGCCUGGAUGGAAAACACGUUUCUGACAGCGACAUCACGAGCGUCAAGCAGCCACAAACCAUUCAUUGCUCUCUUGGUAUCGACCCUGCUGUGACCACUCAGUUCAGCCGCAGUGUCGACUCACUGCCCGACUUCACCGUGCUCAAUGGCAAGGUGGUUACGACGCAUACUAUCACGACCACCAUCAAAAACACGCACCGCCACCCCGUCAGCAACGUCAUCGUUCGUACAUCCCUGCCGCUUCCUGCAGACCCUCGUGUCACAGUCGCAUUGCAAGAGCCUGAAGGUCUGGCUGGUAUCGACUCGGGCACGGUGCGGGUGAGAGAUGGGUGUCAUGCAAGGUGGUUGACCACUGGAAACCGUGCUGGAAAGAAUGAUGGACUGUUCGAGUGGGUGUGCAGUAGUGUGAAACCCGGUUCAGAGAUGUUGAAAGCAGUAUGGUAUGUGACUGCCCCUCGCGGUCUCAGUUUCACAACACAGUAG